GCCACGAGUUGUCGGAGCUUGCUUCCUAUGACAGGCAAGGRAGUUCUGGUUGUCGGCCAUGMAGGAAAUGUGAUCUCGCGKUAUUAUGUGAUUGUCAAUACUGUACUAUAAUCUAUACUGUACAAUACAAUAAUCUACACCAUGAUAUGAAACGUUGAUUUUGAACCUUCUGACCAACCAGUGGGUCAGGCGCCGCCCCACUGUCUGAUUCAUAUCGCAGGAUUUCUGAUGAUAGUUAUCGAUUAUAUCUACUGAUCGCAAUUGUAUGGGGUGGCCUGCGGACCUAAGGUGCAGUGGGCAGCUGUAGCCUAUCACAGUGUCGCUGACGCUGACUAGUAUGGUGGGUAAUUUAGCGGAACUUUGUUGCGGAACUUCUGUGGAAUUUCCUCACAAAACUUCCUCUCUUAGUUUUAGUAAUCUGUCUGAAAAUGGAGACCUUUUUGCCUUUCACCAUCGCUAUUCAACUAACUCUUCUCCAUCAAGCAGUGUCCAGCACUGGGACCCCUGUGUUUGUGGAGAAGGGACAGGAUGUUCGUCUGGAUGUCCAGGAAUAUAUGACAGUUAAAGAGAACCUGAAAAGGUUGAAUAGUUUUAAGUGGACGUUUAACAGAUCAGACAAUGUAGUAACAUACGUCCAUGAAUUCGAGCCAGAAGUCACCAUUAAAUACCAAGGCAGGGCUGAGUUUAUUGAGGGAAACUUCUCUCUUCUGCUGAAGAACCUAACUGAAGGAGACAGUGGAUGUUAUACUGCAGCAGUGAGUGCGCAAAGAAACAAAGAUGUUGCAAAGUACCAGAUAUCAGUUCAAGAGAGAGUUGAGCCUCCAGUCCUGACAGUGGACUCUGUCUCCUCCAUCAAUGCCACCUGUAAUGUGACUGUGACCUGCAGAGGUCAGAACACCUCUGUCACCUCCAGCUGUAACAGCAGCACCUGUUCUCAGGUGGGAGGAGAGAGUAGAGGGGCUGAGACCUCCACUGUCCCCCUGCUCUCUGUCUAUGUGGCAGGGGGUUCCAUCAUCUGUAACCACAGCAACCAGGUCAGCUGGGCCAGUGACACCAAGGAAACUAUUUGUGUAUCUAAAUCUGGACCAGAGUGGAAGGACCACUACACUGUCAUGAUACUUGUCAUCAUCAUCAUCAUUUUAGUUGGAUUAGGGGCCGCUGCCGUGAUUUGUUGGCUAAAGCAAAGUAAAAGGGGCAAAGAGGAUAUUAUAAACACAGAUUAUGCUACAGUUGGGAUUCAAGCAGGUGGUGAAGAGCAGGCAUCUCCAGGUCCAACAACACCCACCAUCUAUAGUAUGGUGGGACUACCCCAACCCCAGCCUGUGAACAACCAGCCUUUGCCUGUGGACCUCCCCAUGACUACCAUGACCUCCACGCCGGAGAGUUUAUAUGCUAUGGUGGGGAAAAAGACUAGCAAACAAUAAUCAGGAAUUUUAUGCCCGGGAUUCUAUUCAAUCACACUUUGUUGGCUAUGCAACUUUUAGCGUCGAUGUCCGCUCCCCGCAGAAAUGGAAUUAACAUAAUACAAAAACUUUUUUUUGCUUUGUCUCCAUCCACCGUCGAUUAUUGUCCUAUCUGGGGUGAAAGGUGGCAGAGCAACAGCAGUGUUUGUCAGACCAUGAGACAUCCCGAAAAUCGGUCUUCUCACAAAAAAUUUCUGUAGUGUCCGACCCCACAAGCAUCACGGGACUCGUCUGAAGUCGGUACUGUUGAUCUGCCAACUUCUAUCUGUAGCGUCCAAUCAGUUUGGGCUACAUACUACUAUUAUAUGACCCCUCUAAGGUGAGUCUCUUACAAACAUUUACAUGUCGGUUGUGUUGCUCUAGGAUGCCCAGAAGCCUCAACACUCAUCUGAAGGUAGCCCGGUACCAUUUAUUUAUUUUUUUAAUGAAUGGAAGUAUACACUGAGGUUGGAGUUUAGCACAUAGGACGCACCGAUUGGUGCCACCUCGUUAGUAAUUCUGUGUAACACCGGUGCCGGUUGCCGUCUCGUUAGUGGGAAGGUGUUUCACCUAUGCUGGCCCAUGUACUAUUUAAGAGUGGCUGGCCCAGUGCUCCAUUUGUCAUGAUAGAUGUGGAGGGUUAACACCUUCAGUUGACGCGCCCUGUUUUGAUUUCUAGAUAAACAAUAUUUUACCUGAUUUUGUUUUGCUUCCCGGCUUAAAGUUUGGUGUGGGCUUUUCUUUUGUUAGCCUCUUAGUGGGUGAAUUUAGUGGGUGCUCAUGGGGUGCCUUUUAGGUCCCAGUUGUUGUUGCUAUGCAACUUUCAGUGGACACCCCAAUGAGUGUCUUUUAGAACCCCUCCUUGGUUGUUGGUCAGUGACUCUGUUCGUUCUGUUUGAGUGACAUUUUUUGUUUUCUUACUGAAAAACGUAACAAAAAAUGGGGGCUUGUCUGGGAUUUUCUUUCCCCUGAGUAUGGUAGUCGCUCUAGUCACCUACUCUGAAGCUCUGCUGUGCCCAGAUAAUUGAGUGUUCAAAAUACACUUUUGUGGUAGGGUGUCUGUCACUGACAUUCACCCUGAGGGUUUAUAAGAUUGGUGUAAACAUUUAGAAAGUUGCAUAAAAACACAGGCUAAUAAAAUUAAAAUAAAGCCAUGGACUUUAAGUUGGAAGCAUUUGUGCAAAUACUAGAUAAAUGUACAGAGGUCAAUCUGCUCAUCAUCUCAUAGCAUUAUGACAUCAAGGUGGCAUCUGGUGAUCCAAAAGCAGUAGAUAAAGAGUUGAUCAUUACUGCUUUGGUAGAGGAGGAAAUCCUUCUGGAGAUGGAGGAUGAUGAAAAGGGUCCUACAGAUGGUAGACUACACCCCAGAGAGGGAGGAUGAUGAAAAGGGUCCUACAGAUGGUAGACUACACCCCAGAGAGGGGGGGAUGAUGAAAAGGGUCCUACAGAUGGUAGACUACACCCAGAGAGGGGGGGAUGAUGAAAAGGGUCCU